AACGAGUAUGGACUGCACUGCCGCGAAGCCACUUCAGUGUCUAUAAAGACUUCGAGUCCCUCGACCCGAGGAUCAAUUGGUCACCUCAGAUUACCGUUCUCAUAACAUCUUCUUCAGCAACCCUCACAAGCAAUCUCAAACUCUCAGACUCUCGUCCGACUCACCUUCAACCGCCAAGAUGAAGCCCACCACCAUCCUCAUCGCCGCUCUGGCCUCCUCCGCCACGGCUGUCCCUGUCCUGGAGACUCGCCAGUUCGGCCUUGGUGGCAUCUUUGGCAUCCCCGCCGCCAUCUUUGGUCAGGGCAUCGACCUUGCCAGUGACAUCUUCGACUCGGCUGCGUGCGCCUUCGGCACCGUCAUCGGAAGCCGCAGCUCGCUCUGCUUCAACCAGGCCGGCAAGGGAGGUGGCAACGGCAAGGGUGUUACUCUCGUCAUCAAGGGUGGCGCCAACGGCGGUGCCAGUGGCGGUUUGACUGGCGGUCUCACCGGUGGCAUCAGCGGCAGCGCCGGAAACAGCGACUCCAAGGGCGAUGCCAGCGGCGAAGCGAACGGCGCCAUUGACAUCAAGGAGGCCAAGGAGAACUUUGGCUACGACUUCGAGUACAAGACUGUCGGCGACCAGUACGAGAUCACCAUCACGCCCAACUCCAAGGACCUCAAGCCUUGCACGGACAAGUACAACAAGGACAAGGGCAUCCAGCAGCUCGUGUCCGAGGCCGCUGAAAAGUGCCUGAUGAAGUAAGCGGUGGACAGGCAAUGAAAGAAGUAUCCUCCAGAGAUUGGGUGGAAAUCCAGAGUAGAGAGUGUGAACAAAUCGCGGCACCUAUCGAUCAAUAUGAAUCCGACUGGUUCUAUAGAUCCAUGUGCUCCUGAAUAUGCGACCUGAGCCUUGGCGUGACCCACGUUUCUGAUUCCCUAUGCUUUGGCUGUGAAUGCUCAUUCUGGCUGUGAAUGCUCAUUUUGGCUGGAUCGCCCGGCAUUGAUUUGAGGCGCCUGUUUGCAGUUGUGUUCUUACGUCUGUG